AUGGGUGUCGAUCAGUUAGUCGAAUCGAUAACCCCAUACAAUUUACGACCGAUAGCCAGCCAUUUGUAUGUACCGCCCUUUUCAAGUAAGUAAAAGCCAUUUGAGAAAAAGAAAUAUCGUUUUCUUUCAGUAAUCACCGCCGUUUGGAGUUACAUCUGGCUGAAUGAGUUUGGGUAUGAAGAGUACUACGAACUGGGAAUGCUCGGCUACGCCGUCAUCUUCGUCCUCCUGGCCCUCGUUCUGCUCUUCUGCCACUGGCUGAUGGCCGUCCGAUGCGCUCUGAUGUGCUCGAAACAGACGGACGUCAGAAAGUCAUCGCACGUGUGCGUGGCGCCCACUCAGAACAACGGAUGGCCCGAAUUGGUGCCGUUGAUGAGGAAGAAGGUAUUUCCGAGUGUCAUGUCGUAUUUCAAUUGGAAAUGUUGGUUUAGAGGGACAAUCAGACGAAACUGUGGUUUGAAUUCCAAAGAGUGCACUAUACGUGGGACGAAGAGAGCGGAGAAUUCCAAACGAAGACACUCGACACGGCGAAACCGAUGGGACACUUCCAGAAAUCGCACGGAUUCGAGACGGAAGAGCAGCUGAAAGACGCGAAAUACCUGCUGGGAGACAAUCGGACGGAAAUGGUCGUGCCGCAGUUUCUGGAAAUGUUCAUCGAGCGGGCGACCGCGCCGUUCUUCGUUUUCCAGGUGUUCUGUGUCGGAUUGUGGUGUCUGGAAGACAUGUGGUACUACUCUCUCUUCACUCUCUUCAUGCUCAUGACCUUCGAGGCGACGCUGGUGAAGCAGCAGAUGAAGAAUAUGUCGGAGAUCCGGAAUAUGGGAAACAAAACGUACAUGAUCAAUGUGUUGCGUGGCAAGAAAUGGCAAAAGAUCAAGACGGAAGAGCUUGUCGCUGGAGAUAUCGUAUCGAUCGGAAGAGGAGCCGAAGAAGAAUGCGUCCCAUGUGAUCUGCUCCUUCUGAGAGGGCCGUGCAUUGUGGAUGAGUCGAUGCUCACCGGAGAAAGUGUCCCACAGAUGAAAGAGCCGAUUGAAGACGUGGAAAAGGACAAGAUAUUCGACAUUGACGCGGACAGCAGACUGCACGUCAUCUUCGGAGGAACCAAGAUUGUACAGCACACGACUCCUGGAAAGGCAGCCGAAGGAAUGGUGAAGUCGCCAGACGGCAACUGCAUCUGCUAUGUCAUCCGCACUGGAUUCAACACAUCUCAGGGGAAACUGCUCCGUACCAUCAUGUUCGGCGUCAAGAAGGCGACCGCCAACAACCUGGAGACCUUCUGUUUCAUCCUUUUCCUUCUGAUCUUCGCUAUUGCCGCCGCCGCCUACCUGUGGAUCAAGGGAUCUGCGGACGAGACCCGCAGCAAGUACAAGCUGUUCCUCGAGUGCACUCUCAUCCUCACCUCCGUCAUUCCUCCCGAACUUCCGAUCGAACUCUCGCUGGCCGUCAAUUCUUCUCUAAUGGCUCUUCAAAAACUCGGCAUUUUCUGCACGGAACCGUUCAGAAUCCCGUUUGCCGGAAAAGUUGAUAUUUGCUGUUUCGACAAGACUGGAACCCUGACAACUGACAAUCUGGUGGUCGAAGGAGUCGCUCUGAACAACGAAAAGGAGGGAACGAUUCGGAAAGCCGAGGCCCUUCCGCUGGAAAGUCUUCAAGUCCUCGCAUCGUGUCACAGUCUCGUCCGUUUCGAGGACGACCUCGUCGGAGACCCACUCGAGAAGGCGUGUCUUUCCUGGUGCGACUGGAGUCUCACGAAGGGAGACGCCGUCAUGCCACCGAAGUCGUCGAAGGGAAUCUCGGGCAUCAAGAUCUUCCACCGUUAUCACUUCUCGUCGGCCAUGAAGCGAAUGACUGUCGUCGCCGGAUUCCAAUCGUCUGCUAAUGCUGAAACGACAUUCAUUGUCGCCGUGAAAGGAGCUCCAGAAGUGCUCAGAAACAUGGUGCGUCCAUAUAAUCAUUCCCUCUUCCUCGUGUUAAUUUCUACUUUUCAGUACACUGAUCUGCCUGCCGAUUAUGACGAGACGUACAUGCGACUAACCCGUCAGGGCGCCCGAGUUCUCGCGAUGGGAAUUCGUAAGCUGGGCGAGACUCGCAUCGGAGAUCUCCGCGACAAAAAACGAGAGCAGCUGGAGAACGAUCUAGUUUUCGCCGGAUUCGUUGUCAUUUCGUGCCCUCUCAAGACCGACACAAAGGCGAUGAUUCGUGAGAUCGUGGACAGCUCCCACGUGGUCGUAAUGAUCACCGGAGACAAUCCGCUGACUGCCUGCCACGUGGCGAACGUUCUCAAGUUCACCAAGAAAUCCCUUCAAACGCUGGUGCUCGACGAACCAAAAGACAGCGACGAAUGGACGUGGAAGAGUGUGGACGGAAGUGUCGAGUUGCCGUUGAAACCGAUGACGAAGGAGCGCAAAGCAUUCUUCAAAUCGCACGAAUUCUGCCUCACCGGAACCGCUUUCCAUCAUUUGGUGCACAAUGAGCACACGUUCCUGAGAGAGCUCAUUCUGCACGUUAAAGUGUUUGCUCGUAUGGCCCCGAAGCAGAAGGAACGAGUUAUCAACGAACUGAAAGCACUUGGAAGAGUCACUUUAAUGUGUGGAGACGGAACCAACGACGUCGGAGCACUGAAACACGCCAACGUCGGAGUUGCUCUGCUCACAAACCCUUACGACCCAGAGAAGGCUGCCGAGAAGGAGCAGGAGAAGAAAGCGAAGAUUGAAGAGGCGAGAUCGCUCGUUCGCGGAGGCGCUCGUCUCCCACAACGACCGGAUGGUCCAGGAGCUUCUCCCGCCCCUGCUCCAGCAGGAGCCGCUGCCCGUCGAGACGCCCCUCCAGGAGCUCGCCAACGCGGCGGACCGGCUCCUCCACCUGCUAUCGCCGCUGCUCAAGUCCGUCUAGAUAAUCUGAUGAAAGAGUUGGAAGAGGAAGAGAAAGCACAGGUCAUCAAGCUGGGCGACGCCUCCAUCGCUGCUCCAUUCACCAGCAAGUACACUUCUAUUGCAUCCAGUGAGUUCUAAAGUAUACCAAGUACGGUAAAAUAUAUGUAAUAUAUUUAGUCUGCCACGUCAUCAAGCAAGGCCGUUGCACCCUCGUCACCACACUACAGAUGUUCAAGAUUCUCGCACUGAAUGCUCUCGUUUCUGCCUAUUCGCUAUCCGCUCUCUAUUUGGAUGGAGUCAAAUUCAGUGAUACUCAAGCUACUAUUCAGGGACUUCUUCUCGCCGCCUGCUUCCUUUUCAUCUCCAAAUCGAAGGUAAAUAAGAUGAUUUUGUUCAGGUAACUGAAUAACUCAUUCCCUCAGCCCCUGAAAUCACUUUCUCGUCAACGUCCGAUGGCGAACAUCUUCAACGCCUACACUCUUUUGACCGUCACUCUACAGUUCGUCGUUCACUUCUCCUGCCUUCUCUACAUUGUUGGACUCGCACAUGAGGCUGCGCCAAGGUUUGUUGAUCAGAAAAGUACCCAAUCAGCACGCUUUGUAUUCAAUGUCAAUGCGCCCGCUCGCGACGGCCGUCUCUAUUUGAUGGUCGCUGGCCUACCUCCGGCGGCAUUGCUGCGUGGUCGAGUGGUUAACGAAUGUGCGCGUCGCUUGGCCGCGCGCUAGUUCGUUGCCCACAGAGUAGAAUUGUGGCGGAUAGGAACCAGGACAUGUUUGUACAUGCUUUGGGCCGACAUCCCCGCCGAAAUGGAAUCUUGAAGAUCUAAGGUCGCUUCUGGAUGGAUUUGCCACCGGGUGCACACCAUCUUCAUGUACAAUUUUGAUUUUCGGAACUAAAUUUUAUAUUUUACAGAGAUGGACCGAUUGACCUUGAGGCGAAGUUCACUCCGAACGUUCUCAACACGACCGUCUACAUCAUCUCGAUGGCUCUUCAAGUGUGCACAUUUGCAGUAAACUACCGUGGACGUCCGUUCAUGGAGUCUCUUUUCGAGAAUAAGGCCAUGCUGUACAGCAUCAUGUUCUCCGGAGGCGCCGUCUUCACACUGGCCAGUGGACAAGCCACGGAUCUUAUGAAUCAAUUUGAACUCGUUGUUCUUCCGGAUGCGGUAAGCUGACCAAUUCCUCUAAAGUGAUAAAUUCUGUGAUUUCAGCUUCGGAAUGCUCUGCUGAUGUGCGUCUCUCUCGACCUCGUUGUCUGCUAUCUCAUCGACCGAGGACUCAACUUUUUCCUCGGAGACAUGUUCUAA